UGGGCUGCCGUGCGCUGUGGCGUUUUGGCCAAAAAGUUGAAUCAGUUGCAAUCGAGGGCUCAGUGUGUCAUGUCGUCAGCGCGCGUGGUUCCUAAAACUAUGUCUCAUCUAUAGGAAAAACGGAAAUAGAUUGUUUAUAAAAAUAAAUAUAAAGAAAAACUAGAAACAAAUCAAAUAUAAACCAUAUCAAGUGAAGUGUGUGCUUGAAAGUGCUUUUAAAACUCUAAAUAAAACCUGUGUAAAGGGUUUCUUAACCACAAUCCGCUAAUAUGAGUCUGCCGUCGGGUGUGGACAUGCAGAAUCUGAUGUCCCAGCAUCCGGUUUUGGGAGCACUGCCACCUGCUUUCUUCCUCAGAGCCGCCUCCGAACGCUAUCAAAGAACGCCCAAAUGCGCCCGCUGCAGGAACCAUGGAGUGGUCAGCGCCUUGAAGGGUCACAAACGCUAUUGCCGCUGGCGGGAUUGUGUCUGCGCCAAAUGCACACUAAUUGCAGAACGCCAAAGGGUUAUGGCUGCUCAGGUGGCCCUACGUCGCCAGCAGGCCCAGGAAGAAAACGAGGCCCGUGAACUGGGUCUUCUGUACACCUCCGUUCCUGGCCAGCAGAAUGGCAGUGAUAGUGCCACACCCACUCCGCACAGUCCCAACCACAGUGGCAGCGGAGGAUCGGCCAGUGGAGGAUCCGGCCAGAAUGGCGUCUUUCACGGCGGCAUUCCCUCGCCACCGAGCGACGGCUUCGAGGCCAGCUCCACUCCCAAUCACCACCAGCAGUCGCAGCAGCAACAGUCGCACCACCAGCAGCCACACAACCACCAGCAUCCGGCAUCCCAGCGGUUCAAUGGCAAUGAAUCCGACACGGAUGGACGCACCCGUUCCGAGCACCUCAGCGUGGGCUUCUCGCCCACGAGAACCGAGUUGGACGAGAGUCCCGUUUCCAAGCGUGGAGCUGCCUUGUCAAACGAAACCGACCAGGACACCGGCUCGGAGUCGGGAUCACCGAGCAGUCCGCGGCCCAAGGUCGCAGGACUCUUCAAUCUGACCGCCAGCUUGUCGCCCGCCCGCACAGGACCGCCCAGCUCGCCGGAAUCCGAUUUGGAUGUGGAUUCGGCGCCGGAUGAGGCCACGCCGGAGAAUCUCAGCCUGAAGAAGGAGGACAGCCAGUCGCCGCCCAAUACGCCCGCCGAAAAUCUGCACCUGCUGCGAUCCUUUAGCAGCAGUCAUGCCCAGGGCUUCCUGCCAUAUCAUCACACGCAGUUCCUGGCCGCCGCCGGCCUGCCCGCCCACCACCACCCACCGGCCCACUCGCCGCACCACCAGCAGCAGCAACAACAACAGCAGCAGCAGAACCACCUCCCACAGCACCACCAACAACAACAGCAACAGCAGAGAUCUCCCAUCGAUGUCCUAAUGAGGGUCUUUCCCAAUCGCCGGCGCAGCGAUGUGGAGCAACUGAUGCAGAGAUUCCGCGGCGAUGUCCUCCAGGCCAUGGAGUGCAUGUUGGCUGGCGAGGAUUUGGGUCAGACACCGCCCCAGGUCCCGCCCUCACCGCCCUUUCCCAUGAAGUCCGCCUUCUCGCCCCUGGUACCGCCCUCUGUUUUUGGAUCCCCCACACAUCGCUAUCAUCCCUUCAUGCAGGCCCAUGCCAAGAGGUUCCUCACUGCUCCCUACGCCGGAACAGGCUAUCUUCCGGGGGUUCUCAGUGCGGCGGACAUAGAGCAAUCGGAGUCCAAUGGAGCGGGUGGCAUAGGUUUGGAUCGCACCAGCAACGCCGGGGAUUCCCAGGAUUGAGGCAGCGAGGUUGAGGCCAGCGGUACCGCCGUCUUCAGGCCUUUCGAGUAAGAUUCUCCCAGCUCAUCCUACACUGUGGAAAAACAAAACACUUUUAAAGUCAAGGA